CUCGAGCCCCGGCACGAGCUUCUCUCCAGCCAACUCCUCAGCAUCUGCCCGGCUCUACCUCCUGUUGAGGCGUUUCUUCUUAGAUAAUCAGCAAGACGGAGCCGAACGAGGAAGACGGACAGCGACCCUCCCUCACCUCAGCAAUCAUGAUGUCGAUGAACAGCAAGCAGCCUUUCAGUAUGCACCCCAUCCUGCACGAACCCAAAUACACCCCGCUGCACUCCAGCUCCGAGGCCAUCCGCAGGGCCUGCCUGCCCACGCCGUCGCUGCAGGGAAACAUCUUCGCCGGCUUCGAUGAGACUCUGCUGCAGAGAGCCGAGGCGCUGGCCGCGGUGGACAUCGUGGCCCAGAAGAGCCACCCGUUCAAGCCGGACGCCACCUAUCACACUAUGACCACCAUGACCAGCAUGACGUGCACACCGACCUCGUCCUCGGCCCACCUGCAUCAUCCGUCGGUGCUCACCUCGCACCACCACCCGGCGCACCACCAGCCAGCGCAAGGCCUGGAGGGCGACCUGCUUGACCACCUCACGCCGGGCGGCAUCUCUUUGGGAGGCAUGCCCGGCUCCGACGUCUGUUCCACGGCGUCGCACACCGCGCACGCCGCCGCGCACAUGUCGGCCAUCAAUCACAUGCAGCACCAUCACCACCCUCAGUCCAUGAACAUGCACCCGCAUGCCCUGGGCUCCCACGGCUCCCUGGGGACGAGCGGCGUGGACGCGGAGCCCGACCCCCGGGAGCUGGAGUCGUUCGCUGAGCGGUUCAAGCAGCGGCGGAUCAAGCUCGGCGUGACCCAGGCAGACGUGGGCUCGGCCCUGGCCAACCUCAAGAUCCCCGGGGUCGGGUGUCUAAGCCAGAGCACCAUCUGCCGGUUCGAGUCCCUGACUCUGUCGCACAACAACAUGGUGGCGCUGAAGCCCAUCCUGGAGGCCUGGCUGGAGGAGGCGGAGCGGGCGCAGAGGGAGAAGAUGUCGAAGCCGGAGAUCUUCAACGGCGGCGACAAGAAGAGGAAACGCACGUCCAUCGCGGCGCCGGAGAAGCGCUCUCUUGAGGCUUAUUUCGCCGUGCAGCCGAGGCCCUCAUCGGAGAAGAUCGCCGCCAUCGCCGAGAAACUGGACUUGAAAAAAAAUGUGGUCCGAGUUUGGUUUUGCAAUCAGAGGCAAAAACAGAAACGGAUGAAGUUUUCUGCAACGCACUAAGACCGGCCAGGUGGCGGGGAAGAAAAAACACUCUGCUGCAGGUCUCUGCACCGUUUACAAAGAGACAAAUCAGAGACAAGCUGCCCACACUGUCAGAAAAAAAGGUGCACUGUUGUACCUUUUGUCACUUGGGCCGGACCGCUGUGACACACAGCCUGAGCCCAGUAGGUACAUUCAAGUGCAAAAACACAUCCAUGUGAGCCAGUCACUGAGUCUUAUGUUGAGUCUUAAAGUGUUAUUUUUCUCAGAACAAGUGAAGGAAUCCUUCAGUGGGGGGUGAGAUGAUUUCAGUUACUUCCAAUGCAAAUAAACCUUU